AUGUCUGAGAGCUCGGACCAACUUUCCUCACCGAGCAGCGAGUGCAACAGUCAAAUGGGAGCAGUGCACCGCAACGUCGGGUCCGCCAGGUCGUACAACGGCACGGCUAUGACCGGUCUGCCGUUGAAUCACCAUUCUCAUCCCCAGAAUUUAACCCCCACGUCUUCGGGCAGUCCUCGGUAUCCUCAGGAUUUGCCCACCUGUAGUGCUUCGAGCGUCUCCUCCAACGUCGGCAGCGUCGGCAGCCUCCCCCUCGACGGGACCUCCACCAACUUCACCCCCGAACAGAUUUCCUGCAUGUGCGAGGCGCUUUCCCAGAGUCAGGACAUCGAGAAACUCACGAGUUUCCUCUGGUCCCUUCCACCCGGUGAGCUUUUGCGAGGUGGCGAAAGCGUUCUGAUGGCGAGGGCGGAGGUGGCCUUCCACAGAGGGGCUUAUCACGAGCUGUACUCGAUCCUGCAAAGUCACCCCUUUUCACCGAGACGACACUCGGAUUUGCAGCAGAUGUGGUACAAGUCUCAUUACUGCGAGGCCGAGAAAGUUCGCGGCCGACCCCUAGGUGCAGUCGACAAGUACCGUUUGCGAAAAAAGUACCCGCUCCCGAAAACUAUCUGGGACGGGGAGGAGACCGUCUAUUGUUUCAAGGAACGCUCCAGGAAAGCCCUGAAGGAGUGCUACGUAAGAAAUAGGUACCCGACGCCGGACGAGAAGAAGAACCUCGCCGUGACGACCGGACUUACCCUCACGCAAGUCUCCAAUUGGUUUAAGAAUCGUCGGCAGAGGGAUCGCACCCCACAAACGAGACAAGAAAUGCUGUCGUUGACUUGUCAAAGCAGCAGCAACGGCAACGAAAAUGGUCCUGGCAGCAACGGCGGGAGCCAUCAGUCGCUGCAGACCCUUGACUCGGGGAGUCCCAACCUUACGAUGUCGCCAUUGUCGACGAUGGGAAUGUCACCGGUGACAAUGAAUCCAUGCAGCCCGAUGGGCAUGAGUCCCAUGGGACCUCAUCAUCACGGCUACCCGACCCCCGUGACACCUUCCUCCAUGCACACGACGCAUCCUCAUAAUGGCGGCCUCAGUCCCAUGAACGACGUCAAAACUCUGUGCUAUGGGCGAGGUGUUUAUGACAGUGGAAAGGACGUGGAACAGAGCCCCGUGUACUACUCGAGUCACUCGAGUAUGCAUCAUCAGUACUAUCAGCAGAGCCAUCAUCAGAUGAUGAGCGGAUCCCAUCAUCACCAUCAUCACCAUCAGCAGGGCAUGUCGGCAGGAUACGAAAUCAUGUUGCCACCCCCGCAACAUUCGAUGUGA